AUGUCUAAUGACCCAUCACCAGAAACGUUACCUCCAAUCGAUGAUACUCAAACAAAACCCGAAGAAACCCCUAAAAAUGCUGUCGAAACUGUACUUCAACAAUUGAAAGAUAAAUUUGAUGAUUUAUCCUCACAAUUAGUCUUAAAAAUGGAUGAUAUGGGAUCACGAAUAGACACGCUUGAAAAAUCUUUAGGCGAAUUAAUGCAACAAACUGUAUCUGACGAAAUUAUAAUUGAAGAAGCAAAGACGUGA